CUUGCAUGAAGCAGGAGGGGGUGGAGCCCCACCCCUGGGACUUCCUCUUUCGGGGUUCUUCCUUUCUGUCUCAGCUCUCCGUCUCUCUCUUUCUCUCUCAGACUCUCUUUCUCCCUGUCUCCCCUACUGUCAGCACCUCUUCUGUGUGGUGAGUGGACCGCUCACCCCUCUAGGUGAAGAUGUCGGCCCAGGAGAGCUGCCUCAGCCUCAUCAAAUACUUCCUCUUCGUUUUCAACCUCUUCUUCUUCGUCCUGGGCAGCCUGAUCUUCUGCUUCGGCAUCUGGAUCCUCAUCGACAAGACCAGCUUCGUGUCCUUUGUGGGCUUGGCCUUCGUGCCCCUGCAGAUCUGGUCCAAAGUCCUGGCCAUCUCUGGAGUCUUCACCAUGGGCCUCGCCCUCCUGGGUUGUGUGGGGGCCCUCAAGGAGCUCCGCUGCCUCCUGGGCCUGUAUUUUGGGAUGCUGCUGCUCCUGUUUGCCACACAGAUAACGCUGGGAAUCCUCAUCUCCACUCAGCGGGCCCAGCUGGAGCGAAGCUUGCAGGACAUCGUAGAGAAAACCAUCCAAAGGUACCACACCAACCCCGAGGAGACCGCGGCCGAGGAGAGCUGGGACUAUGUGCAGUUCCAGCUGCGCUGUUGCGGCUGGCACUCCCCGCAGGACUGGUUCCAGGUCCUCACCCUGAGAGGUAACGGGUCGGAGGCGCACCGCGUGCCCUGCUCCUGCUACAACUUGUCAGCGACCAACGACUCCACAAUCCUGGAUAAGGUGAUCUUGCCCCAGCUCAGCAGGCUUGGACAGCUGGCGCGGUCCAGACACAGUACAGACAUCUGCGCGGUCCCUGCAAACAGCCACAUCUACCGCGAGGGCUGCGCGCGGAGCCUCCAGAAGUGGCUGCACAACAACCUUAUUUCCAUAGUGGGCAUUUGCCUGGGCGUCGGCCUACUCGAGCUCGGGUUCAUGACGCUCUCGAUAUUCCUGUGCAGAAACCUGGACCACGUCUACAACCGGCUCGCUCGAUACCGCUAGGCCCCGCCCCCGUCACGUGCGCUGGGGACUUCCCUGCUGCCUGUAAAUAUUUGUUUAAUCCCCAGUUCGCCUAGAGCCCUCUGCCUUCACAUUCCCCUGGGGACCCAGGUGGCUGCCUGCCACCGCUGCUGUCACCUCUCCCACGGGACCUGGGGCUUUCGUCCAGUUUCUUGCCCCCAUCUGUCGGCCUACCACCUCCCACAAGAUUAUUUUUCACUCAAACCUCAAAUAAAUGCCCUGCGUUUUUGGUAAAA